AUGGCGGGGAGGGGGCUGGGGGCGGCCGGCGGCCCCUCCAGCGGUGGCGGGAAAAGAGCGGCGGGGCACGUGCCGCGACCCAUGUACGAGCCCAUCAACACCUCAGCCCCCUCCAAGACGGACCUGGAGUUGGACGCCAAGCUGGAGGCGUUCAUGCGGGAUAACGUGCCGGUGAUGACAAGCGUCGAUCUGCGGAGGAGGGAGCAAGUGCUGGGGAAGAUUCGGGCCAUGUUUCUUCAGUGGGUAAUCGAUUCGGCCCUGGAGGCAGGCAUGUCGGAAGAAGCGGCAAAGGCUGCCGGAGGAAAGAUCUACACCUCCGGCUCUUACCGCCUCCGAAUACACGAGCCCAACUCCGACAUUGACGCUAUCUGCGUGGCUCCGCAGUUUUGCACAUCAGAGCUUUUCUUCACGACCCUGAAGGAGAGGCUCAUCGCCCACCCGCUUGUGGCGAACGUGAACGCCAUCCAGACCGCGGCGGUACCCAUCAUCGAGCUGGUGUUCGAUGAAAUCGACAUCGACUUGGGCCUUGCCUGCUUGCCGGUGCCAACCGUGCCUCCAACCCUGGACAUCGACGACGAUCAGGUUCUGGACGGUGUUGAUAGGCCGACGGAGAAAUGCGUCAACGGGCCCAGGGUUACCAACAUGAUCCACAGAUUGGUUCCAAACUACGAUUCGUUCCUCCCGGUGGUGAGGUGCGUCCGAAAGUGGGCCAAAUCCAGGGGUUUGUACAGCAACAAGAUGGGAUACUUGGGAGGGGUGAACUUCAACAUCAUGGUGGCCUUCGCUUGUCAGAUGUACCCGAACGCCGGCCCGUCGACCCUUCUGCAUCGGUUCUUCAAGCUAAUGGCCGGUUGGAACUGGCCCAACGCCAUCCAGCUCGUCCAGCCCUACGACGCUGAGCUUGGACUGGAGGUGUGGAACGCCCGAGCGAACAGCUGGCACUGCAUGCCUAUUAUCACCCCCGCCUACCCUGUGAUGAACUCCUCGGCAAACGUGUCCAGGUUCACGCUCGAUGUCAUGACCUCGGAGUUCUCAAGGGGUCUCGAGGUUGUAAACGGCAUCAUGAAAGAGAAGGGCUCUCUGUCGGCGUUCUCGAAGCUUUUUGAGCCGUCGGAUUUCUUCCUCAGGUACAACCACUACUUAGCCGUUGACAUGAUGGCGAGCAGCGAGGAAGAGCACAGGGCCUGGGUCGGCUGGGUCGAAUCACGCCUGCGAAAGCUCGUGGAGGGCCUGGGUCUGUCCGGCCUCCCGUUCAAGCGUGUCCACCUCUGGCCGAAGAAGUUUGAGGGUUGCGUGGGCGGCGGGGUGGGCGGGGAGCUCCCGGCUCACAGCGUGGCGUAUUUCAUUGGUCUGGAGAUCGACCCACGGAGGAGCAAGAAGGGCGCCGUCUUGGAUGUUGACAAGGUUACCAACCGGUUCCGCAUGGAGUCUGUGGGGCACGCGACUUCCAGGGGUUUCCACAGGCCCGGGAUGGAUGUCAUGGCCACUGCCAAAUCUUGGAAGGAUCUUCCGGGAUUCGUGUUUGAGUCGAUCGGUGGCAGCGAGGCGGCCGCAGCGGAAAGGAAGAGGAGGAGGAGGGCCGAGAAGGAGCGUCUCGCCGCAAUCGCUGCCGCAGCGCCAAAGCCGGAGCAGCUCAGGGCGGCGAAGGAGGCCGCAGCAGCAGCAGCUGCUGCGGCUGCGGCUACGGCUGCGGCGGCGACAGCAGCACCUGCAGAUAGUGGUGGUGUUCAGGAGGCACCCAAGACCGGAGGCCCCGCGGUCAAGAAAGAAGACGCCGCCCCCCCCCCCGUAUUGCCGCCAACCCCGGCGGAGGCGGCGGCGGUGUCGGUAAAACCGGAAGCUGCGCUGGAAGGGGACUUGGACGACGAAGGCGCGACGAAGCUUGUUCUUAGUGGGGCAAGGGCGGCUUUGCCCGGCCAGAAGCGGAAACGAGCCGUGGACGUGGUGGACCUGGUCGAUCUCGUACCCGUGGUACCAUCCUGGAAGAACCGGCCCGGUCUGCCACCGCCGCCGCCGCCGUCGAGUGGGGGGGGCGGCAUGAAGCGCUUAACUGUGCAGCUGCUGCCCCACGCGGGGGGGGCUUCAUGAUGUCAGUAGGGCUAUUGUUGUUGUAGAUUGAUAUCAUAGAUACGAGGGAAGGGAAGAACGACCUGCGGGGAAAUGCCUUGGUUUUAAUGGGAGGACGCUCCAUUGCAAAAAACAGUAAUGUUGCAGACAAAAAUGCCGUUCGACUGGCUUGUUCACGUUCAGCCGAUUUGUCCCUUGGACUAAAUGCCAAAGACGACCAGGUGGCCUGCGUUUUGGUGGGCACUGCGUACCUGUUGUUGCCUAUAUUGUUUGGUUGGUUGGCCUGUGUCGCCACGGCAACUCGUUUCUUCGCCAUGAGACGACGGACGCUGUGUGUGUAUCUCCCCAUCUUUCCCUCUGGUGUUCUGCUCGACAACGUGUUUUUUUUUCAUUUUCCAGCUUGAUUCCAGGAUUUUUUUUUUUUCCGUUCCGUGCGUCCGUUCAUCAUUGCGGGACAUGUUCCAUCGUGUGCGUGAUGAUAUCUGGGAGGUAGGUCUUUUUCCUCACGGCAUGUAUUGACCAGCUACACCACUGCUGUAAACAACUUUCUGCGAGACUAGACCGCCGGCCUCAGCGCAGCAAGAAUCUUCGCCACCUCUAUAUUGGCA